CCUGUCCUGGACUCAGCUAACUAAGGAGGCUGCCACAGAAUGAGAAGAUGGCAGCGCGGCUGCUCGCACCGCCAGGCCCCGACAGUUUCAAGCCUUUCACCCCUGAGUCGCUGGCAAACAUCGAGAGGCGCAUCGCCGAGAGCAAGCUCAAGAAACCCCCCAAGGCGGACGGCAGCCACCGGGAGGACGAUGAAGACAGCAAGCCCAAGCCAAACAGUGACCUGGAGGCCGGGAAGAGCUUGCCUUUCAUCUACGGGGACAUCCCGCAAGGCCUGGUCGCUGUGCCCCUGGAGGACUUUGACCCGUACUAUUUGACGCAGAAAACUUUUGUAGUAUUAAACAGAGGGAAAACUCUCUUCAGAUUUAGUGCCACUCCUGCCUUGUACAUUUUAAGUCCUUUUAACCUGAUAAGAAGAAUAGCUAUUAAAAUUUUGAUACAUUCAGUUUUCAGCAUGAUCAUCAUGUGCACCAUCCUGACCAACUGUGUAUUCAUGACUUUUAGUAACCCUCCCGAAUGGUCCAAGAAUGUGGAGUACACAUUCACAGGGAUUUACACAUUUGAAUCACUAGUGAAAAUCAUCGCAAGAGGUUUCUGCAUAGACGGCUUCACCUUCUUACGAGACCCGUGGAACUGGUUAGACUUCAGUGUCAUCAUGAUGGCGUAUAUAACAGAGUUUGUAAACCUAGGCAAUGUUUCAGCUCUACGCACUUUCAGGGUACUGAGGGCUUUGAAAACUAUUUCGGUAAUCCCAGGCCUGAAGACCAUUGUGGGCGCCCUCAUCCAGUCCGUGAAGAAGCUGUCAGACGUGAUGAUCCUGACAGUGUUCUGCCUGAGUGUUUUUGCCCUGAUUGGCCUGCAGCUCUUCAUGGGGAACCUUCGAAACAAGUGUGUCGUGUGGCCCAUAAACUUCAACGAGAGCUAUCUCGAGAACGGCACCAGAGGCUUUGACUGGGAAGAGUAUAUCAACAAUAAAACAAACUUUUACAUGGUCCCUGGAAUGCUAGAACCCUUGCUUUGCGGGAACAGUUCUGAUGCCGGGCAAUGCCCAGAGGGAUUCCAGUGCAUGAAAGCAGGAAGAAAUCCCAACUAUGGUUACACCAGCUUUGACACCUUCAGCUGGGCCUUCCUGGCAUUAUUUCGCCUUAUGACUCAGGACUAUUGGGAGAACCUCUACCAGCUGACCUUACGAGCAGCUGGGAAAACGUACAUGAUCUUCUUUGUCUUGGUCAUCUUUGUGGGCUCUUUCUAUUUGGUGAACUUGAUCUUGGCUGUGGUGGCCAUGGCUUACGAAGAACAGAACCAGGCAACCCUGGAGGAGGCAGAGCAAAAAGAGGCAGAGUUCAAGGCCAUGCUGGAGCAGCUCAAGAAGCAGCAGGAGGAGGCGCAGGCUGCUGCAAUGGCCACUUCAGCAGGCACUGUCUCAGAAGAUGCCAUUGAAGAAGAAGGGGAAGAUGGGGUAGGCUCUCCUCGGAGCUCAUCUGAACUGUCUAAACUCAGUUCCAAGAGCGCGAAGGAGCGGCGGAACCGACGGAAGAAGAGGAAGCAGAAGGAGCUCUCUGAAGGGGAGGAGAAGGGGGACCCCGAGAAGGUGUUUAAGUCAGAGUCGGAGGACGGCAUGAGGAGGAAGGCCUUCCGGCUGCCAGACAGCAGGAUAGGGAGGAAGUUUUCCAUCAUGAACCAGUCGCUGCUCAGCAUUCCUGGCUCGCCCUUCCUCUCCCGACACAACAGCAAAAGCAGCAUCUUCAGCUUCCGGGGCCCCGGGCGGUUCCGGGACCCCGGCUCGGAGAACGAGUUCGCAGACGACGAGCACAGCACAGUGGAGGAGAGCGAGGGCCGGCGCGACUCGCUCUUCAUCCCGAUCCGGGCCCGCGAGCGCCGCAGCAGCUACAGUGGCUACAGCGGCUACAGCCAGUGCAGCCGCUCGUCGCGUAUCUUCCCCAGCCUGCGGCGCAGCGUGAAGCGCAACAGCACCGUGGACUGCAAUGGCGUGGUGUCGCUCAUCGGGCCUGGCUCGCACAUCGGGCGGCUCCUGCCUGAGGGAACAACUGAGGUGGAGAUUAAGAAGAAAGGCCCUGGAUCUCUCUUAGUUUCCAUGGAACAACUCGCCUCCUACGGACGGAAGGACAGAAUCAACAGUAUAAUGAGCGUUGUCACAAACACACUAGUGGAAGAGCUGGAAGAGUCUCAGAGAAAGUGCCCACCGUGCUGGUAUAAGUUCGCUAACACUUUCCUCAUCUGGGAGUGUCAUCCCUACUGGAUAAAACUGAAGGAGAUCGUGAACUUGAUCGUCAUGGACCCUUUCGUAGACUUAGCCAUAACCAUCUGCAUUGUUCUGAAUACACUAUUUAUGGCAAUGGAGCACCACCCCAUGACGCCACAAUUCGAACAUGUCUUGGCCGUGGGAAACCUGGUGUUCACUGGGAUCUUCACGGCGGAAAUGUUCCUGAAGCUCAUAGCCAUGGAUCCCUACUAUUAUUUCCAAGAAGGCUGGAACAUUUUUGACGGAUUUAUUGUCUCCCUCAGUUUAAUGGAGCUGGGCCUCGCAGACGUGGAGGGGCUCUCAGUGCUGCGGUCUUUCCGACUGCUCCGAGUCUUCAAAUUGGCCAAGUCCUGGCCCACCCUGAACAUGCUGAUCAAGAUCAUUGGGAACUCUGUGGGUGCCCUGGGCAACCUGACCCUAGUACUGGCCAUCAUUGUUUUCAUCUUUGCUGUGGUGGGGAUGCAGCUCUUUGGGAAGAGCUACAAGGAGUGUGUCUGUAAGAUCAACCAGGAGUGCAAGCUGCCGCGCUGGCACAUGCACGACUUCUUCCACUCCUUCCUCAUCGUCUUCCGAGUGCUGUGUGGGGAGUGGAUCGAGACCAUGUGGGACUGCAUGGAGGUGGCCGGCCAGGCCAUGUGCCUCAUUGUCUUCAUGAUGGUCAUGGUCAUUGGCAACCUGGUGGUGCUGAACCUAUUUCUGGCCUUGCUUCUGAGCUCCUUCAGCGCAGACAAUCUGGCGGCCACAGACGACGACGGGGAAAUGAACAACCUGCAGAUCUCCGUGAUCCGGAUCAAGAAGGGUGUGGCCUGGACCAAAGUGAAGGUGCAUGCCUUCAUGCAGGCGCACUUUAAGCAACGAGAGGCGGAUGAAGUGAAACCCCUAGACGAGCUGUAUGAGAAGAAGGCCAACUGCAUCGCCAACCACACGGGUGUGGACAUUCACAGGAACGGUGACUUCCAGAAAAACGGGAACGGAACCACCAGCGGCAUCGGCAGCAGCGUGGAGAAGUACAUCAUCGAUGAGGACCACAUGUCCUUCAUUAAUAACCCAAACCUGACCGUCCGGGUGCCCAUCGCCGUGGGCGAGUCUGAUUUUGAGAACCUCAACACAGAGGAUGUUAGCAGCGAGUCGGACCCCGAAGGCAGCAAAGAUAAACUGGACGAUACCAGCUCCUCAGAAGGAAGUACCAUCGACAUCAAGCCCGAGGUGGAAGAAGUCCCAGUGGAACAGCCCGAGGAAUACUUGGAUCCAGACGCCUGCUUCACAGAGGGUUGUGUCCAGCGGUUCAAGUGCUGCCAGGUCAACAUCGAGGAAGGACUAGGCAAGUCGUGGUGGAUCCUGCGGAAAACCUGCUUCCUUAUUGUGGAGCACAAUUGGUUUGAGACCUUCAUCAUCUUCAUGAUUCUGCUCAGCAGUGGUGCCCUGGCCUUUGAGGACAUCUACAUUGAGCAGAGGAAGACCAUCCGUACCAUCCUGGAGUAUGCGGACAAGGUCUUCACCUACAUCUUCAUCCUGGAGAUGUUGCUCAAAUGGACAGCCUAUGGCUUCGUCAAGUUCUUCACCAAUGCCUGGUGCUGGUUGGACUUCCUCAUUGUGGCUGUCUCUUUAGUCAGCCUUAUAGCUAAUGCCCUGGGCUACUCGGAACUAGGUGCCAUAAAGUCCCUUAGGACCCUAAGAGCUUUGAGACCCUUAAGAGCCUUAUCACGAUUUGAAGGGAUGAGGGUGGUGGUGAACGCCUUGGUGGGCGCUAUCCCCUCCAUCAUGAACGUCCUGCUGGUGUGUCUCAUCUUCUGGCUGAUUUUCAGCAUCAUGGGAGUUAACCUGUUUGCGGGGAAGUACCACUACUGCUUUAAUGAGACCUCUGAAAUCCGGUUCGAAAUCGAAGAUGUCAACAAUAAAACCGACUGCGAGAAGCUUAUGGAGGGCAACAACACGGAGAUCCGAUGGAAGAACGUCAAGAUCAACUUCGACAACGUCGGAGCAGGGUACCUGGCCCUGCUUCAAGUGGCAACCUUCAAAGGCUGGAUGGACAUCAUGUAUGCAGCUGUAGAUUCCCGAAAGCCGGACGAGCAGCCCGACUAUGAGGGCAACAUCUACAUGUACAUCUACUUCGUCAUCUUCAUCAUCUUCGGCUCCUUCUUCACCCUCAACCUGUUCAUCGGCGUCAUCAUUGACAACUUCAACCAACAGAAGAAAAAGUUUGGAGGUCAGGACAUCUUCAUGACAGAGGAGCAGAAGAAGUACUACAAUGCCAUGAAGAAGCUGGGCUCCAAGAAGCCCCAGAAGCCUAUCCCCCGACCCUUGAACAAAAUCCAAGGCAUUGUCUUUGAUUUCGUCACGCAACAAGCCUUUGAUAUUGUGAUCAUGAUGCUCAUCUGCCUUAACAUGGUGACAAUGAUGGUGGAGACGGAUACUCAGAGCAAGCAGAUGGAGAACAUUCUUUACUGGAUUAAUCUGGUCUUCGUCAUCUUCUUCACCUGCGAGUGUGUGCUCAAAAUGUUUGCCUUGAGACACUACUAUUUCACCAUUGGCUGGAACAUCUUUGACUUUGUGGUGGUCAUCCUCUCCAUUGUGGGAAUGUUCCUGGCUGACAUCAUUGAAAAGUACUUCGUCUCCCCCACCCUAUUCCGCGUCAUCCGACUGGCCCGCAUUGGGCGCAUCUUGCGUCUGAUCAAGGGCGCCAAAGGGAUCCGCACCCUGCUCUUUGCCUUAAUGAUGUCUCUGCCCGCCCUGUUCAACAUUGGCCUCCUGCUCUUCCUCGUCAUGUUCAUCUUCUCCAUCUUUGGGAUGUCCAACUUCGCAUACGUGAAGCACGAGGCCGGCAUUGAUGACAUGUUCAACUUCGAGACAUUUGGCAACAGCAUGAUCUGCCUGUUCCAGAUCACCACCUCUGCUGGCUGGGACGGCCUCCUGCUGCCCAUCCUGAACCGGCCCCCUGACUGCAGCCUGGACAAGGAGCACCCAGGAAGCGGCUUCAAAGGGGACUGCGGGAACCCCUCAGUGGGCAUCUUCUUCUUCGUCAGCUACAUCAUCAUCUCCUUCCUCAUCGUGGUGAACAUGUACAUCGCCAUCAUCCUUGAGAACUUCAGUGUAGCCACAGAGGAGAGCGCCGAUCCUCUGAGUGAGGACGACUUCGAGACUUUCUAUGAGAUCUGGGAGAAGUUCGACCCCGACGCCACCCAGUUCAUCGAGUACUGUAAGCUGGCGGACUUUGCCGAUGCCCUGGAGCAUCCGCUCCGAGUACCCAAGCCCAACACCAUUGAGCUCAUUGCUAUGGACCUGCCCAUGGUGAGCGGGGAUCGCAUCCACUGUCUGGACAUCCUCUUCGCCUUCACCAAGCGAGUCCUGGGGGACAGUGGGGAGCUGGACAUCCUGCGGCAGCAGAUGGAGGAGCGGUUCGUGGCAUCCAAUCCUUCCAAAGUGUCUUAUGAGCCUAUCACGACCACGCUGCGGCGUAAGCAGGAGGAGGUGUCUGCAGUGGUCCUGCAGCGUGCCUACCGGGGACACUUGGCUCGGCGGGGCUUCAUCUGCAGAAAGAUCACGUCCAACAAGCUGGAGAACGGAGGCACACACCGGGAGAAGAAGGAGAGCACCCCGUCCACAGCCUCCCUCCCUUCUUAUGACAGCGUGACAAAGCCUGACAAGGAGAGGCAGCAGCGUGCGGAGGAAGGCAGAAGGGAAAGAGCCAAGAGGCCAAAAGAGGUCAGGGAGUCCAAGUGCUAGAGGAGGGGGAAGGGAAGCUAACGCUGACUGAACACAGGCAAGUGAAAGCUUGUUUACAAACUCCCGAAUCUCACGGACACAGAGCAGCUGCGGAGAUGCCGAGCUGGAAGACAUACACCAAACCGUCUGCUUACAUGGGACGUGGUUGCAUCCUGAGCGGUGACCUGCUGGGGACAAAGGACCCUGCUCCCUGGACUCACAGAUUUUUCUAUCGCUUGGGCAGACGUUACUGCAUGUUCCACACUCAGUCAAUGCAACUUAGGACUAAACUAACAGGAUACAAACAGAGGCGGCUGCCAGGACCAGCAGAUCGCCGCUGCGGCCAAAUGGAUUUUAUUUUUUCAUUUCAUUGAUUCUCUCAGAAGCAGGAAGCAUCACUUUAAAAGUCUGUUCAUGCAAACAAUAUUUGCAUUCUUACAUUAGUUAAGCUAAGCAGCAAAAAGAAACACACACACACAUACAGACACACAAAGACACACACACACACAUACACACAUUCAGCCUAUGUCACUAAUCAUCUGUUUCUUUAACAUAACAGCAUCUUCUCCACAUGGGUGGCACAUGGUUUGGAGAUGGUGGGGGAAACAGUCAGGGUUUCAGGCUGAGGAGGACUUGCUCAGGCCAAUUCCAAAUACUGUGCUCGUUCAAUGCAUAGACUUGACUUGCAUGAUGGCAUGCUGUGUCCGGAGGUCAUGCAUGAGAUCCACACCCCACAGACACUAGUAAGCCUGUCCCCCGCCCUGGCUCAGCUUCGGACAGGACCCAGCCCUGCACCAUUCACCGUAUUUGGAGAAAUGGUAAGAGUUCUAUACCGGCUGCAAUCCUCUCAAGAGUAGAAGUCUUUCUUACACCUCUGGGUAGGGAGACAUAAUUAACCAAUUGACCACUACCAACAAAAACAACCCAACCAAACAAGCAGACGGAUCCGCUGCGUGUACAUGUUUGACAGACAUCUCUAACAUACAGCCAUUGUUGCACAUUUUGCUGCUCUGUCCAAUACAUGGGGAGACUCUGGCCCCCGAAUGGCUUGUACUAUUAAUGUCACUGUAAAACCAAAUCCUAGGGCUAAAAAAAAAAUAAUAAUAAUAGAAAAAGAGUUCAUUUGUAUCUUGCAAUAUCCUGAUGAUUGUUUAGCCUUCACACUGGAGAACUGACACUUGGGGUAGAGAUAAAAGUGCUAUUUAUCGUAGCAUGUUACCUCUAGGGGGCCUUUCUGGGACUUACAGAAACCUUGUUGGGGGUUUGGGGUGCUUACUGCAUUCAGUGUUGUGCCUGUCUGCUUUUCUCCAGGCUCAGGUAGAUCUGGAAAGGGGUUCAGAUAUUCUGAACAGCCCUAUUCCACAGAGGGGUUGUCACAGCUCCUGGCUGCGUGGUUCUUCCUGCUUCCGCCAUAUCCCUCCAGCCAGCAGGGCUCCCCUUCCCAGCUGCUCAGGGCUGGUGAGGACAGCAGUGUUGGCUGGGAUGUGGCUGUGGGCUCUUCCACUGAGAUUAGAACAACAGUCUCUAACAGGGCCCGAGGGAGAGAUGGAGCUGCCUCCGGACGGGGCCCACUUGGUCUUGUUUCUAUGAUGGUUCUUGUGAGAAAGGGACUCGGUAGUAAUUCUUUAGGGUGUCGCAGCUUCCCCCCUCCCCAGCUUUUCCUUUCAGCCAUCUUGCUUUCUGCUUAGUGGCCUGCCCACUGUUGUUGGGGGAUGGCUUCCAGAAGGGCGACAUACCUUCCCUUCCGUCCCCUGCUUUUCAAAAGACAGUUCUUAGUGCAGGGUGCCUCACCUGACCUCGAGGUCUCAAAGCCAAGAUGCUGCACUUGAGUGUCAGAAAGUCUCUCUGAACCAAACCAACAAACCCUUCCUGAGUACAGUACAGAGGGCAGCUGGCAGCCCAUCAGUAGACACAGCAGAUGCACCAGUCCGCCUUGCAGUAGACACAGCAGAUGCACCAGUCCGCCUUGCAGUAGAAGCACUUUGGAUGCAAUCUCGCAGUCCACCUGACUAGUUUUGCAUAGAACAAACCACAGCCAGUCAGUGAGCAGAGCUUUCUAUCUUCUUGGACCGGAGACACUGUCCAACUCCCCCAACUCGGGAGUGUCUGUGUCACUGAGUCACUGCAGCUAGGACAAGUCUACAGCACCACCUGCAGGCAACAUUGCGAACAGCACAAAACAGGAGCUGACCUGUGGUUAUUCUUUUUAAGAGAAUUAUAAAUACUGUAAUAUAUGAUUUUAUUUUAUUGGCAUGCCUUUUGUAAAUACAAAUUACUAACUUAUUAGAUAGGAAAUGGCUUCUGGCUUACGCCAUUGUCACGGUUAUUUUUAUUUUUAUACUUUCCUUUCUUCUUAGAAUUUAGAAGCUGUCAGCCAAUGUAUACCCCUAACCAGACAGACAGACAAAAAAAUUUUUUAUUGCUAAUGGUCUUUUCCAAAACAACAAAAAAUAUAUAUAUUUUUGUUCCAAUGUGCAAUAAAUUCUAACCACUUCUAUGCAAGAUUUGGCUAAACUUAAUCAUUGUUCUUAGAUCUCGAGAUGGGCAACAGCUAUUUGAUCCUGCUAGGAACACCAAGCACCAUGCUAGUGAUGUUAAGCUGUUAGAUCUGAUCCUCCUCCCCCAGCUCCUGACCCAGCCCAGCAGGCUGUGCCUCGGUUUCUCACAGCCUCCCACAGCCUCGCAGGGAAGAAGCCACCUCCAACUCCAAUCGCUCUAACUUUCACUAGCCCUCUCCCAGCAACGUCCCUCCCCUCCAUCCCUCCACCCAGCUACUCCCUGCCCUCCUUGCGCUCUCUCUCCAUCCUGCUCCUGCUCCACACUCCUUUCUUGUGAACCACACCAUCACCAGCAGUUCACACCCAUAGUUAACAAGCAUCGAACCUUAAAGAAUCAGCUCUGGCAGGUUUUUUUGUUUUUUUUUUUUUUUUGGUUGGUUUGUUU